AUGCUCGCCGCCUCCAUCUUCCGUCCGACACUGCUGCUCUGCUGGCUGGCUGCUCCCUGGUCCACCCAGCCUGAGAGCCUCUUCCACAGCCGGGACCGCUCGGACCUGGAGCCAUCCCCACUGCGCCAGGCCAAGCCCAUUGCCGACCUCCACGCUGCUCAGCGGUUCCUGUCCAGAUACGGCUGGUCGGGGCUGCGGGCGGCCUGGGGGCCCAGUUCCGAGGGGCCGCCGGAGACCCCCGAGGGCGCCGCCCUGGCCGCGGCGGUGCGCAGGUUCCAGCGGGCGAACGCGCUGCCGGCCAGUGGGGAGCUGGACGCGGCCACCCUGGCAGCCAUGAACCGGCCGCGCUGCGGGGUCCCCGACACGCGCCUACCGCCCCCCGUCGCCGCGUCUUCGCCCCCCGGCCCGCCCCCCAGAGCCCGCUCCAGGCGCUCCCCGCGGGCGCCGCUGUCCGUGUCCCGGCGGGGUUGGCAGCCCCGGGGCUCCCCCGACGGCGGGGCCGCCCGGGCCUUCUCCAAGAGGACGCUGAGCUGGAGGCUGCUGGGCGAGGCCCUGAGCAGCCAGCUGUCCGCGGCCGAGCAGCGGCGCAUCGUGGCGCUGGCCUUCAGGAUGUGGAGCGAGGUGACGCCGCUGGACUUCCGCGAGGACCUGGCCGCCCCCGGGGCCGCGGUCGACAUCAAGCUGGGCUUUGGGAGAGGCCGGCAUCUGGGCUGUCCACGGGCCUUCGAUGGGAGCGGGCAGGAGUUUGCACACGCCUGGCGCCUAGGUGACAUUCACUUCGACGACGACGAGCACUUCACGCCUCCCACCAGUGACAUGGGCAUCAGCCUUCUCAAGGUGGCCGUCCAUGAAAUUGGCCAUGUCCUGGGCUUGCCUCACACCUACAGGACGGGAUCCAUAAUGCAACCAAAUUACAUUCCCCAGGAACCUGCCUUCGAGUUGGACUGGUCGGACAGGAAAGCAAUUCAAAAGCUGUAUGGCUCCUGUGAGGGAUCAUUCGAUACUGCAUUUGACUGGAUUCGCAAAGAGAGAAACCAAUAUGGAGAGGUGAUGGUGAGAUUUAGCACAUAUUUCUUCCGCAACAGCUGGUACUGGCUUUAUGAAAAUCGAAAUAAUAGGACACGCUAUGGGGACCCUAUCGAAAUCCUCACUGGCUGGCAUGGAAUCCCAACAUACAACAUAGAUGCCUUUGUUCACAUCUGGACAUGGAAAAGAGAUGAACGUUAUUUUUUUCGAGGAAAUCAAUACUGGAGAUAUGACAGUGACAAGGAUCAGGCCCUUACAGAAGAUGAACAAGGAAAAAGCUAUCCCAAAUUGAUUUCAGAAGGAUUUCCUGGCAUCCCAAGUCCCCUAGACACAGCCUUUUACGACCGAAGACAGAAGUUAAUUUACUUCUUCAAGGAGUCCCUUGUAUUUGCAUUUGAUGUCAACAGAAAUCGAGUACUUAAUUCUUAUCCAAAGAAGAUUACUGAAGUUUUUCCAGCAGUAAUACCACAAAACCAUCCUUUCAGAAAUAUAGAUUCCGCUUAUUACUCCUACGCAUACAACUCCAUUUUCUUUUUCAAAGGCAAUGCAUACUGGAAGGUAGUUAAUGACAAGGACAAACAACAGAAUUCCUGGCUUCCUGCUAAUGGCUUAUUUCCUAAGAAGUUGAUUUCAGAGAAGUGGUUUGAUGUUUGUGAUGUCCAUAUCUCCACACUGAACAUGUAAUAAGAAAAAGUGGGAAAUGGAGUCAUAGGACUUCGCUAAGAGAAAAAUUCUGAUAUUGUUUACAAAGAAAACCAGAUUUUCAGUAGCUAAAGCAAAUAUGGCACUGUAAGUUAAAACCCAAUGGGAAAAGCCUUAGUUGAACUUUUAAAAUACUUCAUUUAAAAAUCAGUUGCUCAGGGAAAACAUAAUUCAUAACCUAGAAAGG